AUGCCUUGUCGUUCCCUGGCCGAGCAGGCGCGGCAAGGGCCAAGUCGGCUUCCCGGGAUCGUCCUCUGGGCAGAGCUGCGCUUCCUGAAACUCGCGGAUUUCACGAAUAAUAUAAUAACAUAUGAAAAAUCCUCUGUUCACAAUAUGUUAUUGGCCGAAAAUGCGUUGAAUUUGUCCAUGGAAAGCAAUCAUUCGGUGCAGAGACCUGAAGAGGAAUGGAUUAAUUCUUCAGAGCAAAAAAGGUAUAAGGCAUCACAGCUAAAAACUUCAAACUUUUCAACAUUUUACGUCUAUAUUUCAGCAAUUGAUGUCGCCCCCCCUGCGGCACCUGCAUGGAGUUACGAGGGCGAGGAAGGCCCCGAGAACUGGGCGACGCUGUUUCCCAAUUACUGUGCUGGCAGCAGUCAGUCCCCGAUCGCCUUGAAUGGACUCGAAGCCACUGCCAAGAGUUCCUCCGACGCCUGGGUGCUGGACAAAUACGACACCGUCCCUACUGAUCUCAAGAUAGAAAACAAUGGACAUUCAGCCAAGGUUGCAUGGACCAUCACAGACGUCGCGGAGCUUCCCUCGGUCCGCGGCGGAGAGUUGGGUGGCCAGUACACUUUCGCCCAGUUUCAUUUCCACUGGGGCAGCGUCAGCACGCAGGGAUCUGAGCACACCAUCAAUGGGAUCGCAUAUGCUGCCGAGCUUCAUCUGGUGCACUUCAAGACUGAGUAUGGUUCCCUCACCGAAGCGGUCGCGCACAAUGACGGUCUUGCUGUGCUGGGCGUUAUGCUCCUGGGCGGUCUGGUCGACAAUCCCAAACUCACACCAAUCAUCGAUGGGCUCGCUACCAUCACGAAUGCAGAAACCGAAGAACACCUGGCGACAAUGCUUCCUCUCCAAGACCUCCUGCCGCCGGACACCAACACCUUCUACAGGUACUCAGGCUCUUUGACCACUCCCACCUGUAACGAGGUCGUCACCUGGACUGUCUUCAAAGAACCCAUAAGCAUUUCCGAGACUCAGCUUGAGGAAUUCCGCAAGCUCCUCGGAGAGGAUGGACAGCACCACAUUGUCGACAACUUCCGUCCCGUCCAGCACCUCAACGGCCGCACGGUCGAGAAGAUCACUUUGUCUUAACUCUUCAUGAUGUUCACCGGCCAGAAAUGAGGGCGACGACUUCAGUUCACACUACUAGGCGAAAAAGGAAGUAUGCUAGAGAGAGAGAGAGAGAGAGAGAGAGAGAGAGAGAGAGAGAGAGAGAGAGAGAGAGAGAGAGAGAGAGAGAGAGAGAGAGGGAGGUGCAUGGUUAGCAUGUUUCAGGAGUGUGUUAUUUCCUUUUGAUGUAUUCUUUGUUUUCUGAAAAAAGAAAAUAAAAAAAAUUGUUUUAAGUAAUUUAUUGUGAAUUAUGGUUGAAUAAAGUAUUGUUUGCA